AUGAUGUUAUUUAAUCGUGCGUCUAGUAUUAUGUUUUAUGAAAGGUCAUAUGUGACUAAGAGGUUUGAUUCUGAUUUCACCAAUCAGAGGUUUGAUUCUGAUUUCACCAAGAAGAGGUUUUAUUCUGAUUUCACCAAGAAGAGGUUUUAUUCUGAUUUCACCAAUUAUGCUUUAUAUAGUUCUUGGCAAAGUUUGCAAAGUAUUACAGAUUAUGUUCGAUUUACACUUCUUUAUCCUGGAUCUAUCUAUGCUUCUAUGAGUUUUGUAGAGCCAUACCCUCGAACUAAUGAUUUUGAAGUUAUAACAUUAGCCUUCAUACAGUUGGUCGAACAGUACGCUUACAAUAUUGAUUCUGAGUAUGUGAAAUUUACAAUUGGAUAUACUAUGCAAUUACCAGCAUCCUAUGAUAUAUCCUUGACUUUAGGUCAUGCUAUUCCAUUGUGUGAUCCUGUAGGUAAUAGACUUCACAAAAAGAGGAUAUAUGAUAUGAUUGAACAAUUUGUUAGGUUAAAUGGUGAGAAAUAUCAUGAUGCUGUGAUUAAAGGUGUCUUUAUUCGUAUCUAUUAUGAAUCUAAGGAUUCCAGUCAAUCAUUAGACUUUCCUAAGAUAUCAAAUCUUCUUGGAAGAAUCAGAAAUGUUAUGGAUUCUGAAAUCGUCAGUGGUAAUCUACCCGAAGUCCUAUCACUGAUGUAUAAACAAACUCGUAUUCCCUCUAAAAUCAGCGCUAUCAAAGGUCAUCAAAAAGAAUGUCGUCCUUUCAUUGUAGCCGAUCUAGAGACUAUAGUCUUGAAUUAUGUUCAUGUUCCUUAUGCUGCAGGUUUCUUAGUGGUUAAGCCAGGUGAUGAUCUAACAUCCCUACCUUCCUAUUCUAUUCAAACCUUUUUCAGUGAAAACCACAUUAAUGCUUAUCCUACCUUUGAAGAGAGGACUGAAAAAAUGUUAUUUGAGUUUUUAUUCACUUUGGAAGAAUAUGUGAAAAAAAAUAGUGGUUUUCGUCUUCGAACAGUAUAUUUCCAUAAUUUUGCCCGAUUUGAUGGCAUUUUCAGUAAGAGGUAUUAUGUUGAUCGUGGUAAUAAGUAUAAAAUCAAAACAUUGUUGAGGAAUCAUAAACUUUAUGAGUUGAAAGUUUAUCUUGGCGAUAAGUUAUUAUUUCGUUUCAGAGAUUCUUGCACAUUACUGCCUAGCUCUCUGGAAACAUUGGGAAAGACAUUAUGCCCUGAAUUAGGAUCCAAAGGUUCUAUCCCACAUGCGGAUUUGUCUGUGUCUAAUCUUCUGUUGAAUAGUGUGGAUUUGAUCAAAUAUCUUCGCCAAGAUAUCCUGAUCUUAGGUGGUGUGAUGUUGAAGGCUCAAGAGAUUAAUUGGUCUAAAUACAGUAUUGAUGUCGAGGAUGUGAUGACAAUAUCAUCGCUUGCCUUGAAAAUCUUUCGUAAGAAUUAUUUUGAUGAUGAGACCUUUCAUAUUAAUAUACCUACAAGAAACCAAGACACAUUUAUUAGGCGUGGCUAUUAUGGGGGUCAUGUUGAUGUCUAUAAGCCCUAUGGUGAGAAUCUUUACUAUUAUGAUGUGAACUCAUUAUAUCCUCAUAUUAUGAAAUCCUAUCCUAUGCCUUGUGGUAUACCUGUCUAGAAGAAUAAUUUGGAGCGCGUUGGAUUGGAUAGCUUGUUUGGCUUUAUUGAGGCCUAUGUAGUAUGUCCUACUAAGAUAUCACGUCCAUUCUUGCCCUAUAAGGAUAAAUAUGGUACUUUACUCUUUCCUACAGGUAAAUUCAUUGGAGUCUUUUAUAGCGAAGAGUUGAAGUUUGCACGCGAUUUAGGUUACCAUGUCAUUCCUCUGAGGGGUUAUUUGUUUGAGAAGAAGUCAAGUCCUUUUGAAGGCUUCAUCUCAAACCUUUAUGAAAGCAGACUAGAAGCCAAGAAAGCUGGUGAUGAAGCUAUGACAUACAUUUAUAAGAUUCUAAUGAAUUCCAUAUAUGGUAGAUUUGGUAUGAAUCCUGAAAGUACAGUAACAGAGAUCUGCAAUCAAAAGAAAUAUGAAGAAUUGAUGAGGAAGGAUAAUUUUAAAUCUGCAGAGAAGCUGACCGAUCAUUAUUAUAUGGUCAAUUACAGUAGCAAUAGUAGCUUUGCUGACGACGAUGAAUGGAAAGCUCCUAAGAUGUCGGCUGUUCAAUUGGCUGCUGCUAUCACUGCAUGUGCUCGUAUUCAUAUGUACCCAUACAUUUCCAGACCUGACUAUUACUAUACUGAUACUGACUCAAUAGUUCUAGGAAGUCCUCUUCCUGACGAUUUGAUCUCUUCCAUUGAAUUGGGUAAGUUUAAACUCGAAGACCAUGUCAAGAGAGGAAUCUUCUUAGCACCUAAAAGUUAUAUGUUAGACAUAGAAGAUGAUAGACAAAUUAUUAAACACAAAGGUCCAGCUAAAGAUUUAGUCACAUCUGAAUGGUUUAAAAAGCAAUUAGCAGAUCUAUCUCUAACGGGUCAGAUCCCCACUGUAGCUAAUUUUAGAAUCAACUGGAACAAACUCCUGAUUGGAAAAAAAGAGAUUCUCAUCAAACUACGACUACCACAUAGUCAUAAAAGACAGAAUGUCUAUGAUUCCAAUCAUGUCUGGAUAGACACACGACCUAUAGAUGUAAUAGACAUAGGAAGUCCAGAUGCUAAUACUAUUUUACAAUAUGAACUCUUGAAGAAAAAUGAAGAAUCAGUCAGUAAGUCCACUAUUGAAGGUCAAAAGACCACUACUAUUCAACCAACUCUCUACAAAACCAAAGGUCAGGCUAAGAAGGCUAAGGCUAAGAAGGACAAUGAAAAUAGCUCACCCUAUAGACCAAAACCAAAUGAAUAA